AUCAUUAUCUUCUCCGUCUCCCCCAUUCCCCAUUCCCUUCUCCGCCUUCGCGUUUAAUCCAGAUCUCGUCUCCAUGCUCGUUUGCCAUGGCGCGUGGCUGAUGUCUUCGUGUAGAUCUCGCGACGAUCUACCCUGUGAUGGUGGUUUCAGCGGCGGCGAUGUUCGUUUCGGAACUUAGGCUAGCAUGACUCAGGUCUGCUCAAAGGUCGGCCAGUCUUUUGCUUUUUGUUGAUUUGGGAUAUUGCCGUCGGUGCCUCGGUGGUAUGGUUCCGUAUCCUGAUCCAGUCGCUGCUUUUGGUCCAGAUCCGUGCUUUUGCAGCUUGCGGUCGCCGGCGGAGAAGUUGGAAGAUUUGUGUGAUUGUGGGAUGAUGUAUAAGAUAUGGGAGGACGAAGGGCGCUGUGUUCGGUGGCCUGGCUGUCCUGGGUAA